GGCAUUAAGAGGCUUCCAGGAUGUCAGAUGAGAAGCUGAUUCGUCGGCUGGGGUACGAGAGGGUGCGGCCCAUCGGUCGGGGUCAGCACGGGCUUUGUUACCUUGUCAAUGAACACAACGAGGGCAAGGCGCAGUCUGGCAAGGGCAAGUUCAGGGGCCCCUUUGUGGCGAAGCUGGUGGACCUCGGACUGCUGCCGGAGAAUGACCGGUGAACACACACACACACCACAACUCAUCCCGCAGCAUUCCGUUCCUGUGUUGUGUGUGCUUUGGCUGUGCGUCAUCCAUCGUGUUUGCAGCAAGAUGGCGUAUCAGGAGGUGGAGUUGCUUGAGCGGCUGCAGCAUGACUACAUCGUGGGCUACAGGGACAGCAGACUCGACAGCGAGAGGGAUGUACUCGUCACCGUCAUGGAAUUCUGGUCGGUCAGCAACACCAGCCAGAGAGACGGGAAGCCUUGCCGCGCUUGUCGUGUUGUUUCUGGAUGGAUCUACCACUCACUCUGUGUGUGCGUCUGCCUGCAGUGAGGGCGGCGAUUUGAAGGAGCUGAUCAACCAGGUGGCGGCGCAGGACCUCUAUCUGGCCGAGGAGCAGAUCAUGCGGUGGUUCGUGCAGCUGGCGCAGGCACUGGCCUACCUACACAGCAACCGGGUGCUGCACCGAGACCUCAAGACCAGCAACAUCUUCAUGACAAGUGACAGGCAAACGGCCAAAAUAGGAGACUUCGGGUGAGGAUGAGUAUGAGCGCCUUAUAUAUGAUCACGACACACUCACCCGGCCCGGCCAUCCAUCGACCUAUCUGUGUGUCCUGCCUGUGUGUGGUGUGGUGUGCACUGACUGCAGUAUAUCUCGUGUGUUGGAGGGUGCGCUGGACUUUGCUGCCACGACUGUCGGGACGCCAUACUACAUGAGGUGAGGUGGCCAGGCAGCAGGCAGGCAGGCAACCAAAUUAUAGAUAGGAACGGGAUGGACGCAUCGCAUCGCAUCGCAUCCCCUCUGUGGUUGUGUUGUGUUGUGUUGUCUGUCUGUCGAUUGUUCGUUCGUUCAGUCCUGAGGUGUGUCAGAACAGCCCCUACAGCUUCAAAUCUGACGUCUGGUCACUCGGGUAUGUGUGUACCCAUACAUCCAUCAAUAGGAAGGGGGCAUCGAAUUGGCUGUCUGUUCGUGUAUGUCUGACUGACUGGAUGUUGUGUGUGUGUUGCAAUGCAGGUGCGUCUUAUACGAGCUCUGCAUGCUCAAGGUAAGGUACUAGACUGUGGAUGGGCAACUAGACUGUGGCAAUGUCCAUCUGUGUGUGUGUGUGUGUGUGCAGCAUGCAUUUGACGCCAACAGUCUGUUGGGGCUGGUGUACAAGAUCGUGUCGGGCAGCAGCCCGCCAAUCCCACCGUUCUACUCCAAAGACCUCAGCACACUCAUCGAGUAAGCCAACACACACACACACACACACACGCGCGCGCGCCACCCACCAUUCAUUGCAAAUCGAAUGUUCUCCUUUCCCCUCGCACACUCAGCAAGAUGUUGGCCAAGGAUGCGGCAGAUCGUCUGACGAUAGACGAGGUGCUGGGCAGUCCCUUCGUCAAGGACUACCUCCGGGUGGCCGCCAUGGAGGAGCAAAACCUCAUCACACACGAGGCCGCUGACGCCAUCGGCUUUGUCAAAGUCGUCAAAUACACUGACGGACACAUCCACGUAAACCACACACAUCACAGAUACAGUGGAGGGAUGAAUAAACGUCUCUCUCAAUGCAUGUCUCUCUCUCUCUCUCUCUCUGUGUGUGUGUGUAGGAGAGCCGGUUAGAGAUAUCUCAGCGUGGCAUCAUGGUGCCGGCCGACCUGACUCCCGAGGCAGCGGCGGCGCUGCUCAAGGAGCGUGAUGAGAUGCCCACCCAGGUGGUUCCUGCUGCGUCCGCUGCUGCUGCAUCCGAGGCAAAGGUGCCCGAAGUCCCCCUCCCACCCAAACGAAUACUGGUGCGUUCCUUCACACAGUGCAAUGCAUGUGAUGUGAGUGGCCAGCAAGCCGACAUUUGGAUGGACUUUGCUAUGUUGCGUGCAGCCCAUCCCAGAGGAGCACUAUUCGAUAUUGGUUGGCCGCGUGCGGCGGACCUUGGUGCAGCGGCGGCUCAACUGGCUGCACGCCUUUGCGUUCCACGACAGAGAGGGCAGGGGCUCGCUGCCAUUCAGGUACCGCACAUACACACCAACCACCACACACACACACACACAUCUGCCGCAUGGCUGGCUCGAUUCGUCGAUCAGUGAGGCGUCUGAGAUGUUGCUGGUGACACUGCACCUCACGCUAUCGCGGGAGGAGGUGUCGCUGCUGCUAAGGUGUCUCGACGACAGGGACGACGGCUGCUUAAGAGUGGACGCCUUCCGUGCCGCCCUCCUCGAGACCGGCAAGGCCUCCACACUGGCUUCGGUGGAGCAGUGGGCGGUGGAGCUCAUCACUCACAGUGGACAUGCCGACGAAGUCAAGCCGCAGUUCGACCAAGCCGAUAUCGAUGGGUGAGUGAGGACCGGUGAGGGCAGCAUUGGUCACAUAUAUGUCUGAUAGAUGUGUCUGCCUGUGGUGCAGCGAGGGCAUGCUGUCUGACCGUGAGUUUCGGCGCGUCAUGUCGCACACGAUAAUGCAGGACGCCACCGACAAGGUCACCGCCCUCGUCAAGAGCAGCGACCACCCCCUUGUCACCACAACAGACGAGGCGCUCAAAUACGCCCUCAACAGGAUCGUCCACCUGACAGAGAAAAACGGACAAGUAAGCCAAAAGACGACGCACCAGAGAGCAUCCCUCCCGUGUCCCAUCUGUCUCUGUGUAUGCCAUCAGGGUGAGGUGAACUACGUCGAUUUUCUGCGUCGGUUCUACCCCGCUGCCCUGAUGGUCAGUGAUACCAACGACACAACCCACAGCUCCAAGGACACCGCUGCUGGGCUGUUGAGGGUGCCCACGCCCGUCAUGGGUGCGUCGAGGUCGGCUCCAACCUCACCAGGCGGGCCGCGCAACAUGCCUGCACCCAUAUUCAGACCCACGGCAAACACACGUACGUCACUCAAGACACACUCACUCAGUGGUCCCUCCAUUCCAUCACCCACGUGUGCCUGCCUGUCUCCUGCUCAGCCCCUCCGUCGUUCGCCACGAGUUCAUCGUCCCUGUCGCAGAAGCCCGCCCCCCCUCCCCUCCCCGCAUCCCUCACCAAGGGCGCCGGUGCAGCCCUCCCGCUGCCCCCAUCCAUCGACGACGACCUCACAUCUCCUGCUGGUGGGCCACAACUCGCCCGGAGCGGCGGGAGAUCGGCCACUACUGCUGGCGGUGUGGGUGGUGUGGGUGUUGGAGGUGGUGGUUGGCACCAUCGUGUUGUGGAUGAGGGCCAGCCGGUGAGGAAGACAGCAGCGAUGGAUGUGAUGAGAAAGCACCAGCGGCAGAAGAGCCCGACUGUGCCUGCCAGGCACUGAUGAGGGGAUGGAUGGAUGGAUGGGCGGAUGGAUGGGUGCAUGUGUCUGUGGGGGUUGCUCUAGCUGGCCUUGCUCUGUUCUGUUCUGCUGCCCUCAUUUCUCAAUGGUUUGUCCAUUUGUGCGUUGCUCGGAUCGUUGUGCUGGUCUGUCUCUUUCUUAUGCUGAGAUCUAUUCAUCGAGAUGCGUGGUGCGGUGCAUGUGUUGACGACGGACAUUAAUGAAGACGACAGAUACACGUAUCCACAGACUCGUGAC